AGUUGGUGUGCACGUAACAAGUGUCUUAAUAUAACAUCGAACAAAACGUAAAAAGUCAACAAACUAGUAAAUCUAAAGACAGUACACUGUGCCGUUCAAAUCAGCUGCUGCAUUUAUUUACAUCAUGUGAUAAUGACAAUGCUCGGUCUGCUCACGCCCGUACGUCCGUACCAUUGCUAUUCUUGCAUCGCGAUGGCAGAUGCAAAUUCGCAUUUCUGCAAACAUAUUGGUGUGCCAAUGAGACGGAAAUAAAUGUAACCAACACACGGUUACGUGCUGUAUCAGCUAUGUUACAUGUUGACCCCCUUCAAAGUGGUGUGCCAGUGUCUUGAACUUGAAGUUAUGCAAGAACUUUUAUAGUGAAGCUCGAUAUAACUAUGUGAAUAUAGCUGACGGGUAUGGCAGCCUACGAAAGCGGAGGUGCACAGUGGCGUAGUGACAUUUUAAAAUCUCUUCAGGAAAGGAAGAACAUCGAAUGCAAACAAUUUGAGGACCUCGUAGCAUUUAGCUCACACCUGUUUGACCGGGUCGACGUUCUAAAGGGAGAAAAUGUGCAACUUACAGUGCAGAAAGAACGGCUACAGCAAGAAAACCUGCAACUUCAAACACAUCCUGAGUCGAGCCUUGGAAAACCCAGAACAGCACUCGAAGAUAAGGUGUUCCAACUCCAGGAAGAGAUGACAGAGCUUCUUCGUCGUAAAUCGGAACACUCACAGCAGCUGAUAGACUUAAAAGUAGCAGUCGAAGAGAAAGAAAGGCACCUUCAGCAAAAAGAUACAAGAAUAGCAAAACUAGAGCAGGAAGUGAGCUCACUGACUGAAACUUUGAAGGCAACUCAGAAAGACCUACAAGAAAUGCAAGAUGCCAACCAGCUAUUACGUGACGAGCACUCUGCCCUUCAGUUGGCAUAUGCCAGCAAGGAGAACAGCAUGUUCCGCCUGGAAAGAGAACACCAGGAUUUGAUUACUAGGUGGAUGGCACUCAAGUCCCGUGACGCAGAUAAGCUCAAUGCUGAAAAUGAAAGGAUGCUCAGGAUGAAGCAUGCCAAACUGAAAAAAGAGUUGGAAGAUGCUGCAAAGGAACCUGUUGUCAUCCCUACAGACAAUUCACGCACUGUUCCGUUCUGUGUUCAGGCAUUCUUACCAAGCAAGCUGCUCCUCAAGUUUGAAGCCCAUGAUGGAGAGGUUAAUGCUGCAAGGUUUACCCCUUCAGGAAGAAUGAUCUGCACUGGAGGGGGGGACAGAAAAGUCAAGAUCUGGGAGUUCACGAGAGAUCAGGCCUUGUUAAAGGGAUCGUUAGGAGGAAGCAAUGCAGCUGUGAUGUCAAUAGACAUUGACACUGAAGAAAACUUGGUCUUGGGUGCCUCCAAUGAUUUUGCAAGCCGUGUGUGGACCAUCUGUGACCAACGGCUACGGCACACAUUGACAGGACACAGUGGAAAAGUUUUAGCUGCCAAAUUUCUUGGAGAAUCCAGUAAAGUAGCCUCGGGAAGUCAUGACAGAACUCUCAAGAUUUGGGAUCUACGGAGCCGUGCAUGCGUCCGGACAAUCUUUGCUGGAUCCUCCUGUAAUGACCUUGUUUCUAGUGAUGGAGCAGGAACCAACUUGAUCAGCGGCCACUUUGAUAAACGCAUUCGUUUUUGGGACACCCGGUCUGAAGCAAGUGCCAACGAAAUAGUGCUACCAGGAAAAAUCACAUCCCUGGACCUGUCGCCCGACCGCAACCAGUUGCUCGCCUGCGUAAGGGACGACAGUCUCAAACUGUUGGACGUGCGGAUGAAUCAGGUCCUGUAUAGUUACGGGGAUGAGAAUUUCAAGGUAGCCUGUGACUUUACAAGGGCCAGGUUCAGUCCAGAUGGAGGUUACAUCACUGUCGGCUCACAAGACGGUACACUCUUUGUUUGGAACACCACUACAGGGAAGCUCGAGAAAAAGCUCAAAGAAAUUAGUUCAGCCAUCCUCGCCUGUUCCUGGAGCCCCAGCGGAGAUUAUAUUGUCAGCACGGACAAGGACAAGAGAGUCUGCAUCUGGUCACAGAUUUGAUACUGCCCCCUUCACUGUGUGUGUAGCAGCUGAAGUAUACCGCUGUCAGUUUUCCAUCUAUGUGAGUGCUGCUUGUACAGUUGCAUUUGUGGAAGAAAUACGCACUGUUCAAAUUUCAGGAGUUGAAAUGGUCUGCAGGCAUCUCCUACGUUUUUAAUGCAUUGCAAACUGACUUUCUCAUAGAGAACGAUAAGCAUUUUGAACGUCCUUGAAAAGUACUGUGUUCUAUAUGCUUAGGUACAGCUCAACUGGAACAUAGCAGAGUCUUUGACGGCACUCUGUGAUUGGCCGUGUAUCUCCUAUGUUGUUUUGUUCACGCUGACACUCGUCGGUGUACUAGUCGGGCUGUCUCUGGUUCCAGGUAAAAACGCGCAUGGUGAAGACAUGUCACAAUUUGCGAAGUUAAGUGACAGUGCAGCUGCGAUUUAUUCAGCUUGUAUAGUCUCCGUAAUGUUUGGUGACGCCCCUCCUCUUCUUUCCUGCGCAUCUGUUAUGGGAGGGGGAGGAGGGGAUUUUGUUAUAUCAGCAUUGGACACGUAUAUUGGUGAAGAAAAAUAAAGCUGUUACAACUUUAACGUCACUACCCCAGUGCUUGCGGUUUUGGAUAACGCACUGCAUGAAAGUAUGUAUUGUUGCGAAUGAUUGUGCUGGCAAGGUUUUCAGAUUUCAGAGCAUAACUUUCACAUGGCUUGGUUGUUGUGUUUUUGCCAAAAUACAUUAUUUUUGGGUGGGUUGCAGGAGCGCCCGUAGACUGGCUUAAUUUGUGUAUAGUAGUACAUAAAAUAGGCAUAUAUACAUCGAUGUAUUUUACUUUUUGGUUUAUAAUGCCACACUUUGGAAAUGUGUACCUUGUUGUCCUGCAAAUCCAUAAUGCAUUCAUUGUCUACAUACUGUCUCAUUAGAGGGUGUUUCAUUUAUAGAACCAAUUCACAAUUGUAUCCAAAUUUGUCGAAGUAACCGGAAUGGUUGCAGCUCUAGGUAUAGUGUGGAGUAAACAUUUUUCGGAAGUUGUUUGAAGCUAACAAAAUACAUUGUGCUGUGCUAGCCUUUCUUGCAGGACUUGCCACGGAGCUGUGUUACGAAAAGGCUGUGUGGCAGCAUACAUCUAUCAGCAUGCCUGCAUUUGUGCUGUGCUAGCUUUUCCUAUAGGAUUUGCCACGGAGCUGUGUUACGAAAAGGCAUUGUGGCAGCAGACAGCUAUCAGCAUGCCUGCAUUUGUGCUAUUUUGUGCGGCAUCACAUGCGAAUCACUUUCAGAAGUCUUGGAAACAGGGUUUCCCAAAUUGCGUGUUCAGUGCCCAGCAAGCUUUAGGGUUUCACAUACAUUUGCAUCAGUCAGCGCCACCUACAUGGGCGUGCCAUAUUUAUUUACGCUUUAUUAUUUUUUACACAUAACAUUUUUUAUACAUUAGUUUUUUCUCCCUGCAUGUGCCAGCCACUUCGCUGUGGGUAGAUGCGUCAACCCUCUGGAUGCAAUCCCCUUGAAGCCAAAUGUGCUUGUGCCACCAGCAUGGUGACCUUUCCAUGACCUGCCACAACCAUUUCUUAGCUGUGUGUCGUACCACCUCUUGGCAACUGCGUCCAGCCAAUCAAUAACUGUGGAAUGACAUCCUCGACCCAGUCGUUUUUACUGGCAUCACGAUUGCAUUGCAGGAGAUUGCCGCACGUACCCACUGGCUGUAGUCGAGGGCUUCGACACCCAUCGAACAACGAUCUUUCUCAUUUUAAGGAACUUACGCAUGAGCCAACGUAAUGUGUUUCUGACAGGUCUUGUGGCCGCCUAGGGUUUUUGACAAUGUAGUGCACCAGUUCUCCAGAUGGACAUACUCCAUCUGGACGAUGGUUGUUGCUUUUGUUGCAGUCACUUUCAUUUCGGAACUACUGCCCUUCUCCGUUGAGGUACGGCUGUUUUUCCAGCCCCUCGCCCAGCUGCGUACGGGUAGCAGCUGCUUCGAAAGUGUAAAUCAAUAUGGUACGUCCCUCGCAUACGGUCUUACAUCGGUCAGGUAUGCAAAAGAAUGGCGUAAUACGUUGUGAAUUAAUUUUGAAUGACAGUGUAUGGGAAACAGAGUGCAGAACUUCCUUAAAAUACACUUUGUGUGUGGAAAACAACAAGGUCGCUGAAUUCGCUUCGUGAUUAUAUUCAUGCUGCAUUUCAUAGUGCAGAAAGCAUACUUUGGCAUAGUGUGAACUGUGAGUUUCUAACUUUGCUGCCAAUACUUGAAAAUACAUAGUAUUUAUGUUUCUACAUGGA